GCCUCAAAAGUCAGAUAUUAGUCGAAUCUUUACCUCCAGAUUCAUGUAUAAAAUGCUCACGAUCUGGACCGAUAUCUCAGUUCUCUGCAAGCCCAUACAUCCACCCCCUAAUCACCGUUCACAGUAGGCAGCCAUGGCGGAAGAGGGGAAGAGCAUCGUCGGAAGCUGCAGCGGGGUGCGUGUGUGCGUGACCGGAGGCGCCAGCUUCAUCGGCUCGUGGCUCGUCAAGAAGCUCCUCGAGAGGGGCCAUACCGUCCACGCCACCCUGCGGAACACCGGAGAUGAGGAGAAGGCGGGGCUGCUGCGGCGGCUGGUUCCCGGCGCGGCGGAGCGGCUGCGAUUGUUCGAGGCCGACCUCUUCGACGCCGCCACCUUCGCCCCGGCGAUCGCUGGGUGCCAGUUCGUCUUCCACAUCGCUACGCUCUACCGGCUCGAAGCCGCCGGCUCCAUGUACAAGAACACGGCGGAGGCAGCAGUGGACGCGGUGCGAGUGAUCCUCCGGCUGUGCGCGGAGUCCAAGACGGUCAAGCGCGUGAUCCACACCGCCUCCGUAUCGACCGCUUCGCCGCUGAAGGAGGAGGACUCCGGCGCCGGGUACAAAGAUUUCAUCAGCGAAAAUUGCUGGACUUCGCUCAACAUUGACUACCCUCUCCGUAGCACACACUUCGAUAAUUACGUACUGUCGAAGCUGCAGUCGGAGAAGGAGCUCCUGAGCUACAACGACGGCGAGAGCCCGGCGUUCGAGGUGGUCACUUUGCCACUGGGCCUCGUCGCGGGCGACACGGUCCUCCGUCGCGCUCCGGAGACGCUGGAGAACGCCGUGUCGCCGGUGUCCCGGAACGAAGCCCACUUCGGACUCCCGCGCCUUCUGCAGAGUCUGCUCGGCUCGGUGCCGCUGGUGCACGUGGACGACGUCUGCGAGGCGCUCGUCUUCUGCAUGGAGCGCCCGUCCAUCGCCGGCCGGUUCCUCUGCGCCGCCGCGUACCCGACCAUCCACGACAUCGUCGACCACUACGCCAACAAGUUCCCUCACGUCGACGUCCUCAAAGUGACGGAGGCGGUGGCGAGAGUGCAACCUGACGGGAACAAGUUGGGGGAGCUGGGUUUCAGGUACAAGUACGGGGUGGGAGAGAUUCUUGAUAGCAGCGUCGCCUGCGCGGCGAGAUUGGGUUCUCUUGAUGCAGCCAAGCUCAGCGUGCAGAAAACAUAGCAGCAGUACCGUACGACGGAGUUGCUGUGUCGUUCGUUGUGCGUUUUACACGUUCCGAAUUCCCCAAUAGACGCAUAAUAAGUGAAAAAGAAACGUGAGUGACCUGACUGUACUUUUAUGCAUGUUUCAUUCGGUAAUUCUGUUUUGCUAUUGUUAGUAUAAGCUCAGCCAACAGCAAGUUUGUUUAGCAGUAAUUAUUUUAAGAGAGGAAUGUGCUGUCAGAAAAAAUCUGUCUAUUUUUGUCAAAUAAGAAAGUAAAAUCGAUCUGCA